UGUUGACAGUCGAGUCCGGAAGUGUCGUGAACAGUCAGCCAGAUGGUAACCCGCCAUUCGGCCAAAUCUCAGGUUAACAGUAACAUUUUCGUUUUAAAGGGCAAAACAUGUCAAGCACUAAUCCGAUCGUGAAUGAUACAGAGGUACAACAUCGCAAUGAUUUAUGCGGGACGAUAAACCGAAGCGCAUGUCGUUGUCAGCCUGCUGGAAACAGGGAACUGAAUGAGCUCAGGGUAAGGGAAAGACCACACCGCACCUCCAGAGCAGAGCCACAGACACCAGAAGCACCUGAGACAGAGGCUCCAUUGGUGGAUGACUGCGAGAGGCUCGGCACUUUUUUCGGAGAGCUGAAUAAGUGUCUGAGGGGUCUUGGCUUCAUCCAGCUUUACUUUGGAGAAAAAAUUGUGGAGCCUGUGAUCGUGCUGGUUUUCUGGUUGUUACUCUGGUUUCUGGGUAUUCAAGCUCUUGGUCUCGUGGGAACUCUAUGCAUUGUUAUCAUAUAUAUCCAGAAAUGAAUGAAUGGACCUGUAUUUGCUUAUCGAGCUGGAGACAGUGCCAAUGGAAAAGAGGAGAGACUCCUUUAAAAAAAGUGCUUGAAGAAUGUCAUUUGAAUGCAUUACCAAUAUACACAGGCCUCGGUGUUUUGCUUACCUUAUUGUGGGUAUGCAAUGAGAGAAAAUGGUUUAAAUUAUUAAGAGGAUUUACUAUAAAUAAUUAAUUGAUUUUUCCAAUCUGUGCCUAGUGUGCAGUAUAUAUAUGAAAGGUAUAUCUGAUAAGCAUGCUUCCCCCAAGUAUUUUCAUUGAGGCAACAUGUAUAUGUAUUGAUAUGGUGACUAUUUGAAAGUAAAUGCCUUUUGAAGUAUUAAGAAUAUCAGUCCAACCAGUUGUACAGAAAUCAAUAGUACAAUUGUUGAAUGUAUUACUCCCAUUUGCCCAGGUAUCAGCUGUGCUUUUUCACACUGUUCUUGUUCCAUGACUAGAGUGCAAACUUCCUCAUUCUCAGCUUAAAAUGUCUUGGGGAAACAUACCAGGAAAUAUUAGAUCUUCUGUAUUUAAACUUGAAUGUGUUAAUACUACUGCAUGUGAAUAAUCUGGGGCUGUUGGGAUAUAUUUGGGUUUUGUAAAUGGGUCAAUGACAAAAGAAGUAUUUAAAAAUGGAUGUAAUGCAUAUUUUUUGAGUCAGGAACAAUUUGUUUAUUGACAUUUUAAAUAAAACAUUUAUAGUUUAAGGACUAUAAAUGUAAAAACGUUAAUCGACAAACUUAGCUAAAAUCUAUUUGCUUAUUAAAAUUAUUAUUAUUUUUUUAAAGGGAAUUGCACCCUUUGACCUUCUGGUUGCACCACCUGACCUCUGCAAUGAAUUUACAUUUAACAGACUUCGACUUGGAUGCUGGUAUAAGCUUUUGCCUGUGAUAUCAAAUUCAGAACAAAUAUAAUUUUUAAAUAGAAUUAAAAUGCCCCUGGACUCAAAAAUAUGCAUCUCAUGUCAUUGACCCAAAUGCCUCUGGCAGUAUCUAGUUAAACAAAGAUAUUGCCAAAACAAAAUCCUCCAAUAGUCUGAGCACAGACAUUUCUACUUAGACUCCAGAUGUAUUAAAAGGAUACUUCACCCAAAAAUAAUAAAUUCUGUCAUAAUUCAUGCACCAUCAUGCUGCUCAAAGCUUGAAUGAUUUCGUCCUGUGGAACACAAGGAGAAAUUCUGAAUAAUAUUGAUACCGAUUUUUAUACAAUGAAAGUGAAUGGUGACUGUGGCUGUCACUAACAUUAUGUCUAUAAUAAUCUCCAUAUGUGUUCUACUGAAGAAAACAAAUCUAUAGAACAGCAUGAGGGUGCGUAAAUGUUGAAAAUAUUUUUAUUUUUGGGUAUGAAUCACUUUAAAAAUCUUACCUCUGAUCAUGAUAAAGUAUAUGAGUUAUGCACUGUAUGUUUAGUAUUCAUUUGAUUAGAAAAGAGUUUAAUCUUAUAAGUUGAUUUACCUUUAAUUUCUGAAGUGUUCUUUUUAUAAAUAUCAUAUUGCAUUACCAGUAUCAAUGAAACUAUAGUGUCAUAAUCAGCAACAACUGUUAUAUUUAAAAAAUGAUAUCUUUCUAAACACGGUUAAUCUGUUAUUUAUAUCUGAAUAUUAUUGCAAGAUGACAUUACCACACAUUCAGAGGUUUAAAUCAUAUGUAUGUCAUUGUUUGUUUAUUAUUCGUGGUAAUGCUGUAAUACAAAACAUAAUUGCUAAUGCCACUUAAAAUUUAAUUUUCAUGAAUCAGGGACAUCUCUUUUGAAUAAUGCCUUGUGACAUCAUUUACAGUACAUAUCAUUUAUCCUGUAUUUGGUGACGGGUCUGGGAAGAAAGAUUUGAUGUAUAAUUUAUUUUGAAACAGUUUGUGGAUAUUUUAAAUCAUUUUGCAAUGAAUUUUCAAAAGGAGUUAUUAUAAUAAAAAAGUUUUGAAUAA